GAAGAGGACAGGCUGGGUUACCCGUAUGUAGCAGGUCAGCAGCCACUCUUCUCAGUGCGGUCCAAAUCAUCUUACCAUGUUUCUUUCAAUUGCACUGCUAUGGAUCUGCAUUUUCUUCAUCAUCCUUCAACUCAAAUCCCAGAGGCCGAAGAACUUUCCUCCGGGACCACCUGUCCUUCCCCUGCUCGGGAACAUUUUGCAACUGAGCCUGGAGAACCCCUUAAAGGACUUUGAGAGACUGAGGAAGUCUUAUGGAGAUGUCUACAGUAUUUUCAUUGGCCGCAAACCGGCUGUAGUCAUCAGUGGGUUCAAGGCCAUGAAGGAGGCUAUAGUGGCAAAGGCUACUGAUUUUGCUGGACGACCCCAAGACUUGUUUGUCAAUUUUGUCACCCAGAGGAAAGGGGUCAUUCUGGCAGAUUAUGGCUCUAGUUGGAGGGAACAUCGUCGCUUUGCUUUGAUGACUUUGAGGAAUUUUGGUCUGGGGAAGAAUUCAAUGGAGGACAGAAUUCACGAAGAGAUAAAACACGUCAUUAGUACCCUGGAAAAGAGCAUUGGUAAAACCAUGAGUCCUCGAGUUAUGUUCCACAAUGCGGCCUCCAACAUCAUCUGCCAGGUUGUGUUUGCUACACGCUAUGAGUAUGAUGAUGCAUUAAUCAAGCUAAUUGUUCGAUGCUUUAGUGAGAAUGCCAAGAUAAUCAAUGGACCAUGGGCUAUGCUGUAUGACACUUUUCCUGUAAUUCGUCACCUGCCACUGCCCUUCCAAAAGGCCUUCAAGAAUUUUGAGACUUGUAAGAGUCUCGCAAUUGAUUUGAUCAAUGAGCACAAGAAGACCAGAGUCCCUGGAGAGCCACGAGAUUUUAUUGACUGUUAUCUGGAUGAACUGGAGAAGAGACGCAAUGACGAUUCUUCAUUUUCAGAAGAGCAGCUCAUUAUAAACUCUUUAGAUCUCCACGGUGCUGGAACUGAAACGACCUCCAACACCCUACUUACUGGUUUUCUUUACCUUAUGAACUACCCACACAUACAAGAAAGGUGUCAGCAGGAAAUUGACCAAGUGUUGGAAGGGAAAUAUCAAGCCAGUUUUGAGGACAGACACAAGAUGCCUUACACCCAGGCUGUGAUUCAUGAAAUACAAAGAGUCGCCAACACUGUUCCUCUCAGUGUCUUCCACUGCACCACUAGAGACACGGAGCUAAUGGGAUAUUCCAUUCCCAAGGGUACACUGAUCAUUGAGAAUCUGACUUCAGUUCUCAAUGAGGAAGGACAGUGGAAAUUCCCCCAUGAAUUCAACCCUGAAAACUUCCUUAAUGACCAAGGAGAGUUUGUUAAACCAGAGGCUUUCAUGCCUUUCUCUGCAGGUCCUCGCAUGUGUCUUGGAGAGGGUCUGGCGCGUAUGGAGCUCUUCCUCAUCAUGGUGACUCUACUGAGGAAGUUUAAGUUCAUCUGGCCUGAGGAUGCAGGAGAGCCAGACUUCACUCCAGUCUAUGGGAUCACUAUGACUCCCAAACCUUAUCACAUGAAGGUCCAACUUAGAGCACCACAGUGAGGUGGUGUGCAUACAUGACACAAACUUCCACUUAGUAUUGAAAAAUCACAUAGCAGUUCAAAUGGAAGUGAUAUACCAUAAAAGUUGACUGAGACCAGAUGUCUUGCAUUACAAUUAGUCAAAAUACAGUAUUUUAAGCAUAUCAUAAGAUGUCCUGUCUUACAACGACCACAUGCAGGUGGGGGAUGGAUGACAAAGGGAAUAAUGAGAACAACUAAGCUGAAUGAGUCUGAUUCGUGUAGAAAUAAAAAUAGCAAAAACUGCCUGUACACUCAUGCUGACCACAGUUUUAUUGAAAUUCAGCUUGGAUAUUUUUUUCUCUCUUUUUUCUCUCUUUUAUUUUUCUGUUUGAAAGCUGUUUUGGAGUGAGAAUAACAUUUUGGGGAUUCUUAAGUGGGGAUGCGAGUUAUAAAUUUAAGAAUAGCUACAAUCAUCCAAGAUAGUCUUCCAAGAAAUGUGCAAAUUCAUUUCUGUCUCUCUGCUGUCUAAAUCAUUUUAUUAAGCAUUUUCUUUUGGCACUCCACAUUUAUAAAAACUACUGAGUUUUAUUUGGAGUUGUAUUUUGGGGACCUGUCACCAAAGCAGAAAAAUAAAACAUCUACCACCUGCUACAGCA